AUGAUCCAACAUAAGGCUGGUAAAAUAGACUCAGAUUAUUCUGGAAAAAUCAUGUUUCAGCAAGGACAAACGUUAAUUUUGGUUGCCGAGAUAGGCACUGGUGCAUAUGCAUCAGUCUGGAUGUGUUACUCAAUAAAUGAUAAAAACCUAUAUGCAAUUAAAAUAUUCCAAAAAAAAGAAAAGAUUGCUGCACAUAAAGAAAUAGAACUUUACAAUAAUUUUCGCGAAUUGGGUAUCAAAAAUACCGUAAACCAUUAUACAACAUUUGAUGACAAUGGUAGAAUUUGUGUUGUUUUUGAUCUGAUGGCAGGCUCCCUUUACGACAUAAUAAAAAAGGGCGGUACAGAUAACGAUACGGUAUUUGUAAAUGGUUUUGAUGUCGAUUUUGUAAUUAAGGCACUAUAUCAGGUUCUCCAGUCUUUAGUAGACCUGCAUAAUAAUAAUAUUACUCAUGGUGACAUUAAACCCGAAAACAUUCUUCUAUACGGAAGGACAAAACUGCAUUCAGACCUAAUUGACAUUCUCCAUCCAAAGUCGUCUCUUAAAAGAAUAUCCGAUGCUAUAAUUAAAUUUAGCAAAAAUUUUGGGAAAAAUGAUUGUGAAUCAAACCACGAAAGCUCAAUUGAUUCAGACGACACGUGCAAUAGUCAUAAUUCGUCAGUAGUUUCCGAAAUGAGCGAGGCUCCAAAACAAAUUGUACUUUCUGAUACUGAAGACGUCGAAUAUAAUGAUAUUAAUGACAUUGAGGAUGUUGACGAUAUUGAUAUUGAUAACAUUGAAGACGUUAACGACAUUGGUUUUGAAUUUGAAGAAAAUCUAAACAACAAUCAUGUUGCAGAACAUCUUAAACUUCCAAGACACUACUUCGAUUCACCGAUUGUUAAACUAUCAGAUAUGGGAGCAUGUGUUAAUAUUAAUGACAUAAAAAAGCCGAUUGGCGUUCAGACAAAAUAUUAUAAAUCACCUGAAAUUAUUCUUGGGUUAGAGUAUGGACCUCCGUGUGACAUGUGGGCUCUCGGAUGCACAAUAUACGAACUAUUGACUGGAAACAUUUUAUUUGACCCUGACAAAUACGACAAUGACAAAAAAAGAUGCAUGCUUCACCAGAUUUAUGCACACAUUGGUAAAAUCCCCAAAAAAAUGGCGGACGAAUCUCCAUACAAACAGGUGUUUUUUACUGAUGAAUAUACAUUAAAAGAAAAUGAUAUAUAUGGCGAUAAUUGCGACUUUUACCGGGACAAUAUAUGGAUGUCGUUCUUGGUAAAUCUUAAAUCAGAAACAAUUACAAAAUAUAUGCUAUUGAAUCUGAUAUUAGAUAUGUUGAAAACAGACCCAAAAAAACGCAUUACGGCAAAAGACGCAUUAGAACAUCCGUUGUUUAGUUUAUGUCAUUGAAGGUUUAAGGAAAAUAAAAUAAAACAAAAUAACCAUUGAUGCUUUUUGUCUUUAAUUCAAUUUGCGACUCCAUGUGAUUUAUUUUAUUACUAAUGAAAGACCAAUAAAAUAAAAGAAAAUGCCGAAAAUUAACGAAUUUGUUAAGAUCGGUUUGCUUUAUUUAACAUUCCGCCUAGUUUAUUUUAGGCGGUGUUUUUACCCCCUUGAAGAUUUAUAAUAAAACGAAACAAUAAUCCAAUUAAAAUCUAAAAGGUUUAUCCAUUACAGGAAUAUGUAAAUUAUGAUUAUGUUGUAGCGACAACUACAACUGAUUAGUUUUUAGUCCUCGUUAUAUUAUAUUGGCAUUAAUGUUUUUACAACAAAAUACCUAUAUUGAAGUAAGGGAGUAAAUCGCUAUAGAACUUAUAACUAUUCAUUACUAACAUAAUGUUGUCAUUAUUUUCUUUAAAUAAUUCUGUCAUUAUAUCAUUUUAAAUCUUCAAGGGUGUAAAUAAAUAUUAAAUUGCGAAACGAAAAUGUUUCAACGCAUAAUGCUUAAAAAAUGUUAAAUUUUAACUAAUAUAAUAACAUUACAAUGCAAUCCUAUUAUACAAUUCUAAAAAACGGCACAUAUUGCGCUAAUAAUCCAAUUAACACAACACAACACAACACAACACAACACAACACAACACAACACAACACAACACAACACAACACAACACAACACAACACAACACAACACAACACAACACAACACAACACAACACAACACAACACAACACAACACAACACAACACAACACAACCCCGUUACACGAUUCCAAAAAAUGCAGUGCCAAUAUACAAGUAUGUACAUGAAUCAGAAAAUCAGUUUUACGGUGCUAUCGGUUGUAUUCCCACCCAAGUACUCCAAUAAUUAUUACCACUGGCGUAAUUUUCUGCGGGGGCGUUGCUAUUAGUAGUUUCUGUCGAAUAAUUUGAUGGUGCCGAAUUGGUGGGUUGUGUAUUGAUAUACGGUGUCGUAGUGUUACAUACCGGUUGAACAUGUCUCAUACACCCAUCUCCUUUAUUCCGUAAACGACCAAUUUUAUUCAAAGUUUUUUCAUCGAGAACAUUACUUGGCCUUACACCGAAAUAAUCGGCAAGAUUACAUGUAUUCGGGUUUAUUGUAUAA